AUGGAUAGUGUUAAUAAUGAUAAAGACGAAAGUAGUGGGGUAAGCAAUAGUAACAAUACCAUACAAAGAAGACAUAUAAACACAAAUAUAGAUAAUGUAAAGAAUGAACAACAACAGCAGAAGCAGCAACAAAAGCAAUCUGUAGAAAAAGUAAUCGAUAAUCAUAGUAAAGAUGAAUCAAAAUUAAAUGAUCAAGAGAUUAGUAAUUAUAAUUUUAAAUAUAUGGCAAUUAGAUAUAUGGUGAUAUUUAUUAUAUUCGUUAUUUUACAUUAUUUAAUAUUUAUACGUGGUGAUACUAAGCAAGACAGUUUAAAAAGAAAGCUACUCGAAAGUUGUAAAUCAUCUGGUGUCGAUUGCUCAAAAAUAGCAAUGGAGUUAUAG